AUUAAGGACGUCAUUUUCAAACAGAUUCACUGACAGCGCAACCACAUUUUUGAAAGGAAAAAUUCUUGUUCGUAUUUACACAAAAAUGGGUACAUGUCUUGGAAAACAUAGAAAAAAACGGAACAGUGUAUGUCCCUCCGGCACAAAGGAGGAUUUACGUAAAAACUCUACCAGACGUAAAGCACCAGAAGACAUGAUACAAGAACUUGAAGAUGCAAACGCCGAAGAUUCUAAAAUAGCAACUGCUGGAGUAUCAUUCACAGUAGACUUCUGGGAUGGGGAUCCUACCAGGAUGCCAUCUCGACUGGCAGACAGACUUGACGGAGCUAUCACACCUCCCGAGGACGACAACGAGGUAAAAUACACAUCUGAGGAAAGACAGCUAUUGGCAGAGCUUUUGCGAAAUGAUGUUUUGCGCGAGAAGAAAGAAAAGGCCGCAAAACAUCAUGGAGUCCGCUUUUAAACAGGGAUUAGUUGGAAGUCGUAAAUCGAUUUGGAUGCUGAAAUUGCGCAUUGGAUCUUUACGACACUUGGAUACUCAAUCUGUGUUUUUAUUAUUAUCAUUAUUUUACUUUUGAGAAGAAUAAUUAUAUGAUGUGUUAAAGAAUUAAACUUGAUUUUGUUCA